GGAUGCGCCCUGCCUCCAGCGGGUGGCGCUCGAGUCCGACUGAACGACGGCGGCGAGUGGCGGGCACGCGCUUGGGGCGCGCGCGCCACUCCUCUCGCCUCCACCCAACUCCCCCAUUAGUGCCCGAGUUUACCUCUAGAGGUCAUCAGGAAGGAUUUACGACUGGACAACAAAAGCACGUGAUUCGAAGUCGUACCCCAUAUUUGGGUGCCUACGUAGGAGGGAACCAAGUACAUGUCCCAGUCAUUUCCAUAAUUCAUCAUAAAUUGUGCAAGGGUGCUAUAGACGCACAAACGACCGCGAGCCACAAAUCAAGCACACAUAUCAAAAAACAAAUGAGCUCUUAUUUUGUAAACUCAUUUUGCGGUCGCUAUCCAAAUGGCCCGGACUACCAGUUGCAUAAUUAUGGAGAUCAUAGUUCCGUGAGCGAGCAAUUCAGGGACUCGGCGAGCAUGCACUCCGGCAGGUACGGCUACGGCUACAAUGGCAUGGAUCUCAGCGUCGGCCGCUCGGGCUCCGGCCACUUUGGCUCCGGGGAGCGCGCCCGCAGCUACGCGGCCAGCGCCAGCGCGGCGCCCGCCGAGCCCAGGUACAGCCAGCCUGCCACGUCCACGCACUCGCCUCCGCCCGACCCGCUGCCCUGCUCCGCCGUGGCCCCCUCGCCCGGCAGCGACAGCCACCACGGCGGGAAAAACUCCCUGGGCAACUCCAGCGGCGCCUCGGCCAACGCCGGCAGCACCCACAUCAGCAGCAGAGAGGGGGUUGGCACGGCGUCCGGAGCCGAGGAGGACGCCCCCGCCAGCAGCGAGCAGGCGAGCGCGCAGAGCGAGCCGAGCCCGGCGCCGCCCGCCCAACCCCAGAUCUACCCCUGGAUGCGCAAGCUGCACAUAAGUCAUGACAACAUAGGCGGCCCGGAAGGCAAAAGGGCCCGAACGGCCUAUACGCGCUACCAGACCCUGGAGCUGGAGAAGGAGUUCCACUUCAACCGCUACCUGACCCGCCGAAGAAGGAUUGAAAUAGCACAUGCUCUUUGCCUCUCCGAGAGACAAAUUAAAAUCUGGUUCCAAAACCGGAGAAUGAAGUGGAAAAAAGAUAAUAAGCUGAAAAGCAUGAGCAUGGCGGCGGCGGGAGGGGCCUUCCGCCCCUGAGUAUUUGAGCGUUUAAAGUACUGAGCAGUAUUAGCCGGAUCCCGCGUAGUGUCAGUACUAAGGUGACUUUCUGAAACUCCCUUGUGUUCCUUCUGUGAAGAAGCCCUGUUCUCGUUGUCCUAAUUCAUCUUUUAAUCAUGAGCCUGUUUAUUGCCAUUAUAGCGCCUGUAUAAGUAGAUCUGCUUUCUCUUCAUUUCUUUGUCCUGAAUGGCUUUGUCUUGAAAAAAAUAGAUGUUUUAACUUAUUUAUAUGAAGCAAGCUGUGUUACUUGAAGUAACUAUAACAAAAAAAGAGAAAAAAACACAAAAAAGUCCCCCUUCGACCUCGUUUAGUGCCAAUGUUGUGUGUUGCACUCCAGUUGUUUAACUGUGCAUGUGAGUGGAAGUGUUCCUGUCUCAAUAGCUCCAAGCUGUUAAAGAUAUUUUUAUUCAAACUACCUAUAUUCCUUGUGUAAUUAAUGCUGUUGUAGAGGUGACUUGAUGAGACACAACUUAACUUGUUCGAUGUGUAGUGACUAGUGACUCUGUGAUGAAAACUGUGACUGAGCGGUGUGUCCCUGCGUGCCUUUGUAGGACCCUUUGCACGAACUCUGGAAGUGGCUCUUAUAAGCGCAGCUUCAGUGAUGUAUGUUUUUUGUGAACAAAGUUACAAAUAUUGUCCAAGUCUGGCUGUUUAAGCAAACUGUGAUCAGCUUUUUUUUUUUGUAUUUGUUUUUAAGGAAAAAAUACUGACUGGAAACAAAAAAUAAACUUUCUAUUGUAAGUUC